AUGGCUGUGGGCAGAAUUGAACCUUUCGACCUUGAUAAAGGCAACUGGGAAACGUAUGUCGACCGGCUAGAACAAUAUUUUGUGGCGAACGUUGUGAAACCGGAACUACAAGUGCCUACCUUGAUAACAGUUAUUGGAAAUGAUGCCUAUAACGUUAUGGUUAAGUUGUGCACGCCGACGAAACCCGCAAAUAAAAGUUAUCUUCAAUUAGUGACAAUCAUGAAGCGACACUUCAAUCCUAAACCCAAUAUGUUAGCAGAAAGAUUUAAAUUUAGGCAGCGUAUACAAAAGUCAGAAGAAAGCAUAAUGAACUUUGUGACAGAAUUAAAAAAAAAUAGCAAGCAAUGCGGAUUUUCGGAGGAGAGUUUAAGAGAAAAUCUAAGAGAUCAAUUCGUGUGCGGUUUAAUCAAUGAUGAUAUUAGACAGAGGUUACUUACGGAGGAUAUAACGAUCACGUUCGAGCGAGCAUACAAGAUUGCUAUGUCGAUAGAGGCAACCGAGGCCUUCCCAGAAGGCUGUACCAAGAGCAGACCAGGUGACAAUAGGCAAGAGAUGGUGCGCCCAGCGACGGCCGAGCUGCAACACAUCGGACACACUGCGGGCGCGCGCGGCGGGAUCAGAGGAGGCCGGAUGUUCGCCGAACGUUCUCGUCGACGAAUUGCACAUCAGUACAAAUAUGGUACAAGCGGCACAAGCGGAGCGGAGAAACCUUAUGGGCGCGAUACACAGGGACAAAGUGGAGGCGAGGUUCCCAUAACUUCAAACUUGGCGUUAUCCUCUGGAGUUUCUACGAAAUCAGAUACUGAUAACCCCAUAGGAACACCGGUGAGCAGUCUCAAAUCGAUGUAGAAAGUCUGUACAUAGAUAUGCUUUCGACUUCGACUAAUAAAAAAAUCUUAUAAAUUGUAAAAUAUAAUUGUUACUGGUACAAUUAUAUUUUACAAAUUAUACUAUACAAGGAUGCAGGUGAAAUAUAUGUAGGUAA